AUGGAGAGCGAGCUGGAGAUUGUUAAGGCCUGGUUCUCAGUGCUAAACGACUCGGAGCGGUCGGAGGCUCUGUCUUCCAUCGCAGAGCUGCCGUGCCUCCGAGAAAUAGAGCCCUUGAUCCAAACGCUUAAGGAGCGCAAGCGGGAUCUGUGGCGACGGCAGGAAGAGCUCAUCAUCCAGCCACCAAACAGGAUGAAAUGGGUCAUGCCAGUGUUCCCCCGCAACACCCAAGACCCAAAGUGGGCGGCCAAAUGGCUGAGGGCCCUGAGGCUACACAAGUACGAGAAGUGCUUGUCGGGGUUGUCGCCAGCGCAGGUUGAACGGCUGAACGACGAAGACCUGCAGGAGCUGGGCGUGGACACCGUAGGUGCCAGAGGGAAGCUUCUCCGAGCCAUCCAGAGUGGUUGA